CUUCCCGUGGACGUAGAUUUACCUCAGUAAAUCGAACCACGUAAUUUUCAGUGUUGUGAUCUUCAUUUAUUACUUGCAUUUAUUCCCAUCAAAAAUUCGCUAAAUCAUCACCAACAAUGAAAGGAUGGCUGAAGAACUCAAGAUAUUGACCGGAGGAACGCUACUAUCGAGGAACAAAGAGUAUAUUGUUUUAUACAGGGGUAACGACUUCUUGCCACUGCGUGUUUCAACUGCACUCAGAGAAAUGGAGAAGCACACAGGCUUCCAGCAGGAUGAGGAGGAGCUGGCUCGGCAGAGAGCUGCUGCACUGAUUGAGUCGAACUCCAAAGCAUCCAAGCAGCAAUUAGUUGCCGGGACCCUGGCUGAAACCGUGGCAGCAACUUCACGGUGGGGGGACCAACCUAACGACGCAGAAAAGGAGAAGAUGUUCAGAGAUGCAGCUAUUGCUAGACAGGCUGCUUUGGUCGAAUCUCUUCAGAAGAAGCUAGCUCAUGCAAAGGGGAAGAUCCGAAAUGCGGAGAAAACCUUGGAAAAAGUGCUGAAAAAUCAAGAACCAGAAGAACUACCCACUGAUCUGGAGACCUUAACCGAUGAGGAAAGGCAACUGUUUCGUAGGAUUGGAUCGAGCAUGAAACCUUAUUUAGUUCUAGGGAGGCGAGAAGUAUUUGGUGGCACUACCGAGAAUAUGCACUUGCAUUGGAGGUAUCGCGAGCUGGUAAAGAUUUUGGUUGAACGGAAAACCUAUGCUGCGAUCUCACUGGAGGCCGAGAGUGGUGGAGUGUUGGUGUCAGUUGAAAGAACCCCUAAAGGCUGCGUUAUAUUAGUGUAUCGUGGGAAGAACUACCGGCCUCCUCCUGCCAUUAGGCCCCAAAAUCUCCUCACGAAGAGGCAAGCCUUUGCUCGUUCCAUUGAACUUCAGCGGCGUGAGGCACUGAUACACCACGUUGUAGAACUCGAGGAAAGAAUUGAGAAGAUGAAGCACGAACUGGAUGAUAUGAAGAGUGAGCAUGGCAAUGGAGUGGAGAUCUGAAGACAGAUGGCGAGAAUGUGGCGACGUGAGAGAAGAUUUAGCACCAUGGUUCUAGCAACUGCCUUUGCUUUGUGGAAUGAUUUUUACACGAGAUCGACAGAGUCUGGUGGAGGCAAAAGGAGGCGACGAGACGAGCAAGACGAGCUCGUGUGGAAAAGGUGACUCUUGGCAACAUCUCCACUGCCUAAACUCCCAAUGGUAGUCCAGUCCCUCCACA